AUGGGUCCUGGGGGUUCCACCCCGCUCAAGGCCCUUCUCCCUGGGGCAGACGGCUUCGUCCUUCCCCCUGGAGAUCCAGAGCUGUGCCGGGAGCAUGGAGAGACGUUUACCUUGUUCUGUGUGGAUGACCUGGAGCCAGUGUGCAGUCAGUGUGGACUGACUGAGACCCACGAGGGGCACAGAGUCUAUCCCAUAACGGAGGCUGUACCUGACUGUAAGGGGGAGCUGAACUCUUCACUGGGGAAGCUGCUCGGGAAGAGCAGGAGGUUUGAGAAGGUUACGCGGAUCUUUGAACACGCCUCCCAACACAACCAGAGCCAUGCCCAGCAGACAGAGAGACAGAUAAAGGAGGAGUUUGAGAAGCUGCACCAGUUCCUGAGAGAGGAGGAGGAGGCCAGGCUAGCCAGGCUGAGGGAGGAAGAGGAGGAGAGGAAUAGAGUGAUGAAGGAGAAGAGAGAGAGAGUGGGAAAAGAGAUGAAGCUGCUGGCUAAAACCAUCCGAGAGAUCGAGGAAGAGAUGAAGGAAGACAGGGAUGACAUCGCCUUUCUGCAGAAUUACCAGGAAACAGUAAAGAGGACGUGGCAGAGUCAUGGGGAGCCAGAGGAGGUGUGUGGUCCUCUGAUAGACGUGUCCAAACACCUGACCAACCUCCGUUACCC